AUGACAUCCGGCACCGUGUUUCCGAGUCUUCGAGGCCUCCAUGGACGGCGAGAGGCGAGAGGGGAAUCAGCUCGGAGGGUUCGCAUGCCGAAGCUGCCGAAGGGGUCGCCAAGGGCCCUUUGGGAAGAGGUGCGCACUGCAAGCAAGUGCAGCUCUCUGCGCAGUGGACGUCUGGGCAGUCGGCAAAAUCCUGAGCUGGCGAAGAUGAGGACAAGUGCCUCUGAGGGCCAGUUCCCUUCGCUUCCGAAGAUUUCAGCAUCCGUCCGAGCAGCCUCCUUCGAGGAGAUCUUCAAAGACGCGCAGCGGCGCGCGCAGCAUCGACGAGUGCAGGAGCGGAAGAAGAGCGAGGAGACCGGUGAGGGCCUUCCUUCCGUCAGCACUGCCAACAUCAACAAGAACACCAUCUCGGGCUUCCAUGCCUUCACGGCGCUGCUAAGGAAUCUAAAUGCUCGCUCUGCUGGCGACUUUGCGAACAUUGAUCUUGAGGCAGAGCGGGCAGCCGAAGCGGAGGAGAAGCGCAAAGCGGAGGAGGCAGAGAUUCAACGCAUGACAAGGCUCACGAUGCUGGCUUCCAGCGCUUUGACCGAGCAAACAGACCAGGACAUGACGGUGCCCGCGCGAAGGGGUUCUGUCGGCGCGGGCGUGGAGGAAAAUGGGGCGCUAAGCGACAUGCAGAAGCGGAAGCGGGAGGAUGCAGCGAUCCAGCGAGCCCGGAUGGAGCGUGAAAGAGAUCCGGAAGACGUCGCAGAGCUUCUUCGACCCCCGGACUUUGGGCUGGUAGUCGAGCGCUUCCAUUGGGAUGGCCCUGGCCUUUCAGAAAAAGAGCUUCGCAAAGCAGAGGAGCAGUUCCACGUCUACAAGACCGAGGGGCAAGGCGAUGUGCAUUUGGACCGCCUCUACGAGCUUCUCACGUCCUUGUUCUACAUGACGAUUGAUGAGGCCGUGAUCAAGAAGCUGGUCAAGGAAAUCACACCCUUCAGUGCCUUAGAGAAGCAGGAGCUGUACGACUUCCUCCGCAAGUACACCCAGUACGAGCGAGACUACAUCAGGAAGGUUUUCCAAGAAUUUGACGAAGACGGCUCCGGCGAGUUGAACACCAACGAGGUCCAGGCGGUGUUGGAGGCCAUCGGAUGCUCACCAUUUCGUGGGACACUCCAAAGGCUCAUCGAGGCAGUUGACGUGGACCAUUCGCAAACCCUGGACUUCAACGAGUUCUUGUCGCUGCUGCUAGUUUAUCGCCAGACCGAUGGAUUCAGCCACAAGGAGCCAUUGCAGUCUUGGCAAUGUUGGCCAGAUAGGGCUAAUGCGAGAUGA